AGCCUUGGUGCGUUAGGUGCAACUUCCACGCUAUGGGCAAGAGAAACAAGAGGACAGCAGAUAGUUCGUCCUCUGAAGAUGAGGAGGAAUAUGUUGUGGAGAAGGUUCUAGACAGGCGUGUUGUGAAGGGUCAAGUGGAGUAUCUUCUCAAGUGGAAAGGAUUCUCUGAGGAGCAUAAUACUUGGGAACCCGAGAAGAACCUUGACUGCCCUGAACUGAUUUCUGAGUUUAUGAAAAAAUAUAAAAAAAUGAAAGAAGGUGAAAACAAACCCCGGGAGAAAUCGGAGAGUGCCAAGCGAAAAUCAAGCCUCGCCAAUAAUACUGAGGACCUCAAAGCCAAAAAGAAGAGGGAGAGCACCGAUAUCGCCAGGGGCUUUGAAAGAGGAUUGGAGCCGGAAAAGAUCAUCGGAGCCACAGAUUCCUGUGGCGAUUUAAUGUUCCUAAUGAAAUGGAAGGACACGGAUGAGGCUGACCUGGUUCUAGCCAAAGAAGCCAACGUGAAGUGCCCUCAAAUCGUGAUAGCGUUUUAUGAAGAGAGAUUGACCUGGCACGCGUACCCAGAAGACGCCGAGAACAAAGAGCGGGAGGCAGUGAAGAGCUAAAGUGACCGGGGUCCUUUGUCCAUCCAUAGCUGUACAUAUCCCACCCACCCCUCUCUUCCCCCCUCAGCCCAAACACAUCCAUAAAAAUGUGCUUAUUACUGUGUUCCGCAGGAGAAACGUUGAUAUUGAUUGGUUUAGUUAUGACAUAAAUGGUGUCAAGUCGCGUUACGGUUUUGCUCCAAGAGAUUGACAUGCUGUGUGUGCGUGUGUUCCUCCCUCCCUUCAUGUCAUAAUCCAAAACAUGGUUCUCACUUUGAAAGCCCUCUUAGAGCCUGCAGGUCCUUUUUUUUUCCUCCUCCCUGCCUGGAGGGUUCACCUUCUGCGUCACGUUGCUUUAUUGCGGGUCAUCCCAUCCUCUUGCUCUAGGAGAGGGCUAUGAAAGUGACAAGAGCUACCCGCAUUGGGGGAAAAGACGCCCUCUGACUCAGCACACGGUUUGGAUUGUGAGAUUAAACCCCCUCCAACAGAAAACCUCCAGCCACCCUAUUAGUCAAGGCGGAUCCCCACGGGGCUUCUUUUUAACGGCUUAAGAACAUCUUGACAUCUUGCCGAGUUCAGUUCCAGGAAGCUGGAGAGCAGUUCUCACCCAGAUCCCCAGUGCCGGUUUCACUUGCACCAACCCCAUUCCUACCGAGUCCAUUUUCUGGCUGCCAGGCAGGAGCGAGUAACCUGGAAAGGGAAUCGCCAGAAAAUGGUUCACUAAAAAAAAAAAAGACACCUCUUCUUCCAUCUAUCCCCCAACACCCCCCCAGCCUUUUCCAUCUGCCAUUUCCUCCUGCCAUUCCCAGUAUCCUUGUCUUCCGUUUUUCAUUUCAUGCAGUAACUGUGUAUUACGUAGGUGUGAGCAUUAUGUGCCAUCCUUAAAUAAUUUGUGCUGCCUGUGACUGUUCCUCAAAGGCCAAACGUUGCAGUCCCAAAAUCCGAUCAAUUUCUGGGCUCGGCCACCAUGAGAAUGGGGAAGGGCUUCCUGACAUAUCGCAGACUUCCCUGACACAAUAAUCUCUGGGUGGCAGAGCCCUUCCUGUCUGGGUUCGGAGUCCUGGCAUCAUCUCUAAAAGAAACAGUUCUCCCUGGCUACAUUUUCCACAUUGUUUUUCAAAGCAAAAUAACUCGGAGGAGAAGCCUCCUGUGAGAACACUGCAGGCACCUGGCCUCAUCUGGCCAGAUAUGAGGCAUCUGUCUAGCAACAGCGCAGAAGCUGCAAGAGCUAUUCAGGUCUGGCAUUUGUUUCCCUUUAGCUGUCGCCUGACAUGUGCUUUCUCUGCACUGCUGCCAUGGCACAAUUCCAGUUUUAGAAUCUUGGGACCGCUGGCAUUAAGACAUUAUUCCUGGAAGUGCUUUUUUCCCUCUUGUUCCGAUGGGGGGAAAGGGCCAGAGGAACAGGUCACAGAAAGCAAGUAGCUGAGCCCCCCCCCCCUCUGUAUUGCCUCUUUCCCAUGACAAUUCCUAUGCAUGUUUUUUUUAAAUUUCAUAUGGCAUGUCUGUAUUGUGUAGUGUAGGCGGGACACAGGGCCCUUCAGGAUUUUAGUAGCUCAUUAAUAGUUUCAUCUUCACUUUCCCUCCUUGCUGACAGACUUGCUGUAACUCUCAACAAUAAAAGACAAAAGUUCGACAGUAUUAAUUGGUGCCAGCAUCUCCCCCCCCCCUUCCCCCCCUGACUUUCUGGAUGCCAGAAGGUAAUUAAACACGUGGAAUUCACUGCCUCUAGAAGUGAUGGUGGCUACCAGUACAGACAGCUUCAAGAGG